AUGUUCGUCUUUCAGGUAAUUGGAGCCUUUUGGUACUUUUUUUCUAUUCAACGAGAGACAGCUUGCUGGCACUUGGUCUGUGGAAAUCGAAGUGGAUGUGGAAAUUCUUUUAGUUGUGCUAACACUGACAGUUCAGUAAAUUCAACAUUACUACAUGAAAGUUGCCCAGUAAAUGCACCAAAUACAACAAAAUUUUAUUUUGGAAUAUUUCUUGAAGCCCUUCAGUCCGGUAUUGCGCAAUCCUCAAAUCUUCCACAAAAACUCUUUUACUGUUUCUGGUGGGGACUACGAAAUCUAAGUUCUUUUGGUCAAGGCCUUCAAACAAGCAACUAUCUCUGGGAAAGUUGCUUUUCAAUUUUUAUCUCUAUCUUGGGCUUGCUGCUAUUUUUAUAUUUCCUUGAAAAUUUGAAGACUUAUAUAAAGUUGGCAACUAAAAGCUCAGACAAGAACGGCAAGACAUCCAAGGAGGAACACAAAAAUAGAAGAGGAAAGAGAGAAGAAAAAAAAAGGAAGAGGAAAGAUCAAUUGGAAAGCGAGGAAGCUGUUUCCAUGUUUCCAACCAGACUUGCGCUGCAAGAAAGAAAAGUCUUCCCACUUCCCAGUCUAAAGGUACAAGCGAUGGGGACGAGAUAUUACCGAGUUCAUCAGCUACAUAAGUCAAUUACACCACUGCUCGUUCAAGCUGAGACCUAUGUAUCAUGUUGA